AUGGUGAGUUUUGCGGUAGCAACGUUGACGAUUGUGGAUGGUGGUCGUGGUGUGUACGACAGCGGCUGCAAGCUCCCUAAUUUUAUUCUCUUUCUCCAGGAAAUUAAAGUUCUUAGCCAGCUAAAGCAUUCGAACAUCGUGCAGUAUUUUGGCAGUGAAAUAGUUGAGGGCCGGUUUUAUAUUUAUCUGGAAUAUGUUCAUCCUGGUUCAAUUAAUAAAUACGUCCGUGAACAUUGUGGUGCCAUAACAGAAUCUGUCAUUCGGAAUUUCACUCGACAUAUUCUAUCUGGAUUGGCUUAUUUACAUAGCAAAAAAACAAUUCAUAGGGACAUCAAAGGGGCUAACUUGCUUGUUGACUCCGCUGGAGUUGUUAAACUUGCUGAUUUUGGGAUGGCUAAGCAUCUAACUGGGUUCGAAGCUAAUCUAUCUUUGAGGGGAAGUCCGUACUGGAUGGCUCCAGAGCUUUUGCAGGCUGUGAUGCAAAAGGAUAACAGCCCUGAUCUUGCUUUUGCUAUUGAUAUUUGGAGUCUGGGUUGUACCAUCAUUGAAAUGUUCACAGGGAAGCCUCCUUGGAGUGAAUAUGAAGGAGCUGCAGCUCUGUUUAAGGUUAUGAAGGAAACCCCUCCUAUUCCUGAAACAUUGUCGCCAGAGGGUAAAGAUUUCUUGAGGUGCUGCUUUAUAAGGAAUCCAGCAGAGCGGCCAGCAGCUGCAGUUUUACUAGAACAUCGAUUUUUGAAAAACUCUCAACAGCCUGAUGUUUCAUCUCCCACUCAGUUGUAUAAUGGAACAGGCUUCAUGGACAAACCACGUAGUCCCAUCAAACAAUUUGAAUAUAAACAUGAUCAGUUGUCAAUCUCCUGUGCCAAAAUUGCCAAGGUUAAAGCAGCUGACAGGCGUGGAUUUCUCAUUUCUUCGUUGGAAAUUCUUCCUGCAUCCUUGAACCAAUAACGUAAUCCUGUUUUUAACACGCGAUGACCAUUGCCCAAUUUCUCUGCGCCAUGCUUUUUCUUUGCUGAAGUGGGAAUCAUCUCACAAUAACCACAUAGCAGUGGUACCACGGAACUUUUUUCUUCCCUCCACAGCACACCUGGUCGACUUCAAAAGGAAAAAAAUGGUCUUUUCAAUUGGCUGAGCUGGAGGAAGUUUUGAUUAUUUAUGCCAAUGACAGGGGCCCACAUUGUAGUACUAUAGUUUAAGAGACGCUCAUGCAGUGACUUGCAGCGGUUGCCGUCAUAGGUUCUCUUUUGCUUAGUUUAUCAAUGCUAAAAGUCAAGAGCUUCUUCUGUCUGUAAAUUAUGCCGCUCGAGAAUACGGUAGCAGUUUUAGAAAAUAAUAAUAUCAUUAUACUAACUUAGAGUGACGAAGCAAUUAACCUCAAAGGUUCAUAUUUCUUCCUCUCUCUAUAUUAGGAUGAAGUCAAAUUUAUGUAGACUUAGUGUUCAUCCCUCUCUGUUUCAUGAGGAUUCUAAUUUGGUUGCUUAUCGUAGAUAUGUCAAUCCACUCCAGAAAUGUUGUAAUUACGAUAAAGACUCUCAAAAUCUUCAGUUUGGGAUUGUAAAAAUUGUACUUUCACAGGA